GUUGAAUGCGUCGUAUAGGGCACAUUGCGGAGGGGAGAGGGUGUUAGCAAUGUAUUAUAUACGGAGAAAGGGACGGAAUGUUAAAAAGGCUUUCCACCCUACCAUAGCUCGUUCUCCUCCUCCUUCUCCCGCCCUUAUCCCCUCUUCUGACACGAGGAACGGACUGCGCUCCGCUAUCGCACGGAAUCACGGACAAAUCAAACAUGGCGACUCAGUCGCUGUUUACGGUGGUGGCAUACGGAUCUCGGGCUCACAGUUAGACAACCAAGUGUACAGAUAAUAAUUAUUGACGGUAAUGAGUAUUCUUGCCAUUACUGAUCGUAAGAUUUUAUUGAAUAUUACGAAUAUGGAGAAUCGUGACGGCGAUACGAGCAACGAAAUGACGCUUAGCGGCGUUGACGAGGUACGCGAAGUGAAGGGCGUCAAGGCGGCGAACUCGACGCCUCCGGCGGUUUCGUCAAUGGUGCUUAAUUCUGCGAUCAUCACGCAGCCUGCCGGUCAAUCUUUAUACUGCAGUCGUAAACCUGGCAAUACUGCUACACGAAAAGAUUGUCAAAAAUCAACUCACGGAUGUUCGGGCAAGUUUGGGCGAAGUGCAGCAGGGAAUCAACAGAAAAAAUCUCAGACGGAAGAAUGUCUGGAUCAUGCAGCUAAGAAGCGAAAGACAAGGCGAGGAAAACCGAAGCAUAGAAAGUUAAAGCCAUUCCCAAAGCAAUCAAUGUCUUACGAGCAGAGACUGCGCUGCAGGGCAAUAGGGAGGAUGACGAAGACAGGAGGGCAGCCUCCAGCGCCGUACAACACAACACAAUUUUUGAUGGAAGAUCAUAGCGAUUUGCCAGACUUGGAUCAAAAAUUGGCGGGUGCAUUAACUUCUGAAACGAUGCCAGCUUCAUUUCAAAAGCCGAUCGCACCCUCGAGAACGAGAGACUCGAGUUUUAGCAUAGAUUCGGACGAGGAUUACUUUUACUCAUCGCCGGAGAACGAGGAAGAAUUUUUGACAAAAGAGUUUUCGAGCGCUUAUGAGGAUUUGCAUGCCGAGCGUUUGAGCACUUUGACGAAGUCCGAACUCAUUCAAGAGUAUGUACAGCUCGAGGCGAAAUUCGAUUUAUUGACAAAACGUUUGAAAAGCAAAAACCUGCAACCGGUGGAGAAUAAAGAGACCGAAAGUAAAAAUGGAACUUCCAGUAGCGCUAAUUGUGACAAUGAUUUGGCCAAAAGUCUCAGAACGUGUCAGCAACGUUUGGACGAUUUGAUGCAACAAAACGAGCAGCUUAGACGAGAAAACGAAGCGUUGAGGGCUCGGAAUCGUCGUAGUCCAGUUUCAAGCGUUGACAGCGAAAGCGACAGUGAUAGCAGCAGUGCUCACAGUUCGUGCAGCUGUUCCGCAGGCAGUGGACGAUCUUCACCCAAUAACGGGAAAUCUUAUCAGAACAGAAGGGAACAAGAACACCGGAGGAAUAAAAGAAGAUCCAGUGUGGACAGCGAGAGCGACAGUUUAAGCACAACCAGCAAUAAGAAAGAUUCUAGCAUCCAACGUCCGGAGAAUAGUCUUGGCAGCAGUGAUUUCGUUAAUGGAAAUACGAACAGUCACGAGAUCAGCGGACUUCCGACUUAAAAAGAGUCAUCCUAUCAAGGCAAUAUAAGUUUCACGUCUUUGAACACGCUCAGAAACAUCCUGUUUUCGUAAAUCACAUUCUACACCUGAUUUUUCAAAGCGAGAGCAAAAGCAAGAGAAAGAGAGAGAGAGAGACAGACAGACAGACAGACAAACAAACAAACAAACAUUCACCAAGUCGGUCGCAUUUACGCUGGAUGACUGUGAAAAAAAAACGUCGAGGAUAUUAUUUAUCUUCCGAAUCGUCGACCGAUAUUCCAGACUACAGGAUGGUCCAAGUAUCAUUUUCCUUCUUUCCUUUCUCGGCCUUCAUAAUUAUCCUUUUGCUUCCCUGCCAAUUCCCAUAUUUCGGUCGACGAUGAAGACAGAGAGUGAAAAAUACACAAGUUAACAAUAAGGAUAUUAUUUAUAGUUGCACAAACUCAGCCUAUCAGACCAUCAACUAACGCAUGCCCAAAUGAAAAAUAUAUGAAAAGACAAAUAAGAUGAAAAAUUAUUAAAAAAAACACAAACAAACAAAUUAAUUAAAUCCGAUUAAAUCGCCCAAUCAAUCGUUGUAAAUAACACGUCAGAUGCGUGCAUUUAAAGAAAAAGAUUGUCAAUGUCGCCAAUGAAUUCGAUAUAUAUAUUUAGAAUAUUAAAUUUAAGAAAGAAUUGUACAAUUUGUAUAGAAACUAAGCGAUAAGCUUAACUGUUAGUUUAUGGUCUGAAUGUAUUUUGCCAUUGAACCCUUUCUCCAUUUCCUCCUUAAGAUUUAUAAUUAAUCAGCUAUUCAUUGCGUUAUCGCUGAGUUUAUUAAAAAAAAUAUUUUCCUUUCGCCCAUUUUUUUGCCUCUGCUACCCAGAGAAUACCAAUUUCCUCUACACAUGAUUCCUUAUUUUUCCAACAAAUCCAAACUCAGCGAGGUCAACUGCUUUUGUCAGAGUUCUAAAAAAAAAAAAAGAAAAAGAAAAUCGUAGAUCGAAUAUUAUAAAUUGUAUCGCGAGAGUACCCGUACACAGAUCAAGUUUGAUACCAACUGUGAUAUAUGCGAGACAUUGUGAUACAAAACUUGUAUAAUUAUUCCACUUAUUUGAUUAAUUGACCUUACGACGCAUAAAAGAAGUUAUACUAAUGUAUUAUUGCAA